AUGGUCAUCUAUUUCUACCUACUUCUUGAAUGGAUCCAACCCUGGUAUCUCAAUGUUUCUCACUUCUUCAUUAUAACCUCCGGGUAUGCUAUGUUUUGGUUGACAAAAGAAGCGAAUGAGAAACAAUUCAAUGAAGUAAUUCAUGAGAUUAGAUCUGGCGUAGUAUUUUUCACCUUCUGUCUCCUACUUGCUCCAAUCUUACAUUCGCUUUUAUCAAGUGUCAGUACAGACUCCAUAUAUGCUAUGUGCAUAUUUUUCUUCCUCGCCUACUGGACAUGUUUUGACUACAAAACUCAUUGGCAAGGUCAUCCUCGGAAACCUGGUUCAAAUACAAUAUCUUUGAGUUCUGCUCUAUUGGCCGCGCUCUGCCUAGCUAGUCGUCUACCGGACCCUUACCAUACUUUUGCUUUAUUGUCGACUGCUGUUAUCUUACUGGCAUUGUGGCCGGCAUUAACGAGAAGGUUUCGCAAUCAUGGCGGUGAUCGGGCACAAAUAUGCUUAACUGUGGCAUCAGGCUCAAUAACUUUCCUAAGUGCUUGGCCAUUAGUGUACAAUGGACUUUCCAUAGAAUACAAGUGCGUAUUAUUUAGUGCAUUUUUAAUCGCAACGGUAUGUCUCAACUUCGUUGGGCCAUGGUAUUUGCUAAAAAUGCAUCGAAUUAAAAGAACAAUUCAUGGACCGUGGGAUGAGGCUACGAUUGAAUAA